AUGUCAGUGGAUAGACCGGGCGGCAGUAAUGCGGAAAUAGAAGAGCGUUUAUUUGAGCAAAUUAGUUCGUUGCGAAGGGUUAGAGCGUUACGACUCAAUGUUAUGUGCAAGAUACUUCCGAAUCUUUAUUUGGGUAGUAUAUUUGACGCCACUGAUCCUGAGCAGAUGGAUAGCAAUGAGGUAAUAACCGACAUAGUCUGCGUUCAUGGGAUGAGGCAGACAAAUUAUGGUGAAAAGCCAUAUAACGUUUUGUAUAUAAAUAUCAAUGAUUCCCCUGAAGAAAAUAUAAGUGUUCAUUUCUGCGAAGCAGUGGAAUUCAUUCACCUCGCUAGGUUGCAGAAACGUGUGGAGUAUUUAGUUAACGACGAAGCUUUUUUAGGUGCGGUUUUGGUUCAUUGUCUUGCCGGUGUCAGCAGGAGUGCAUCUAUAGUUGUAGCUUAUCUUCUUACAGUAACUAAUUUAAAUUAUUCGCUAGCGCUAACAUAUCUUACUAGUCGCAGACCUUGUGCAAACCCGAAUUUUGGAUUCAGAAUGCAGCUGUACCGUUUCUCCACUGAUGUAUAG